AUUUCUGAAUUUGACUUUUCCACUUCAGCGCAACACAACGGAUAAUCUCUUUCUCCGGCUUCACCUUCAGCAUCACCAUUCAUCAUCACCCUAAGCUCGAUAAUUGAUAUCGAGAUGCUUGGUCGAUAGUAGCCAGAUAUAUGUUAAAUAACAAACAAUGUCUCCAGCGAGGAAUGAAAAUGCCCGCUCUGCAAAUCAGAACCAUGCACCUCCGCCUCCCCUUCCUCCGCCGGCUGGCCCUCAUCCGUCUUUCAUCCAGGUAGCAAAUCCAUAUGUUUUUGAGAGGACGGUGCAGGAAUGCUUUACGGCUACGGGGGUGAAUCCGCAGCGGGAAGACAGCAUCCGGCUCCAGGGUAUAACCUGGAUUGACAAUGUGCGAAAAGCACUCCAUUUGCCCGUGCGGACAUUUAAUACGGCGGCCAUUUACUAUCAUAAGUUCCGCCUGGUACAUUCUGACAAUGAGUAUAAUCAUGUCGAUGCGGCUGCAGCGGCGCUUUUCACCGCUUGCAAGAUCGAGGAUACUCUCAAGAAAUCGCGGGACAUUCUUUGUACCGCAUAUAACCUAAAGCUAUCGCCUGCAGAGAAGCUCUCUGCAGAUGAUCCUAUCUUCGAAUCGCACUCUCGCAGCAUCAUCGGUCUGGAAAGACUUAUGCUUGAGUCCUCUGGCUUCGACUUCCGGAACCGUCAUCCCCAGAAGGUUCUCUUGAAAUUCAUCAGGCAGCGCUGCCUAAGGAAGGAUUCUAAAGUCGCCAAACUCGCGUAUAUGAUCAGUCUCGAUUUAUAUCGCACGUUUGCUCCGUUAAAGCAAACAUCCACAACUAUGGCCUUUGCUUGUUUAGAGCUGGCAGGCAGGUUAUUGGACGAUCCGUUAGAGGAUAUCGACCUGGACUCGGAGUAUGAACGCUGGCAAACGUCCCGGGCGGAAGUAAUGGAAACAAUCCUUGACCUCCUCGAACUCUACACUCACCACCGCAACUCAACCUCUAUAGGCCCUGAUUUCUCCCUCGACACGCUCCUCAACAUCCGCAUUCCACUCAACCAAGAGGCCGAUUUCAAAAAGCUACCUCGCUACGCCUACUUCAACAGACGCAAGCCCGAACCAAACGGUGUUCGAGCACCUAAUGGAUCGAAAAGGGACAGGGAUAAUAAGAACAAUAAGAACGCUGCCAGCCCGGCGACAAAGGACGCCCCGCGCGUCAACCCGCUCGCACCAACUGCUGCGCACGACCCUGCUCGCCGAUCGACGGAGAGGGGUAGAGAUGCUACGAUACGGUUUAUGUUGAACCCGGAGCAGGCGAGGGCCGAGCGCGCGACUGUGGAGCAGUAUUUUAAGGUGGAGAUGGAGCAGUACGAAGUGGAGGAAGAAUGAAGAAAAAGAAAGAAGAGAUACAAUGAGGCAAUAACAGCCCUAUUUACCCGAGAAACACCCAAGAUGACCUUGAAGCUCGUGGUAUAUCGUCACUCUCAAUCCGCUAAGGGACUUGCGCAAGCGCACGUCGGGCCGAUAUGCAUUUUCCCAGGUGUACGCCCAAAAGCUCUGUCGGUCGAAACUACGGUGCUGCGGACAAGGUUCUGAUUCGAUGUCUGCCUCCGAAGGACAGAAAAGCGCUGAGCCCGCUAAUCAAGAUCGGUACCAGAAGCUCAAAGCACGAGCAUAUGAGAGGAAAGAAUAGCUCGCCAACUAAACAUGCCGGUCGGCUUCUCCCUUUGGCGGUACGCUUUCCAUGGCUGGGUUUUCCAUCUGGUCCCUAUAUACACACAAACUCUCUGAGAAAUAUCCUCGUGUUAUUCGCACACACUCAUAGAUCUGUGCGCGUAAUCUAAAAUCUAUACUUCAUCAA